GUCACGUGCUCUCACCGCGGAGGCUGACCCGCAGCGCUUCCCUCCUUCUCCCUUCCCUUUCCGUCGUUGGCGUAUUUGAAGCGGUCGGCGCGAGAGGAGAGGCUCUGGAGUGGGCAUUUCCAGGCAGAAGGCUCCUCAUGCAGCCACAUAGAAGGCACUCUACAAGCAUUCUGUCUUUUCUGUACUAAGGGAAAACAUGCAAGAAGCUGUGGAAGAAUAAGGGAGGAUUACACAUGGAUGCAUAUAUAAAAGCUCCACAAAAGUCAAUGUAACUUCCUUGCAUCCUGGAAGCUUUGAAGUGAAAUUACUUAGUUAUAGAAACAAAUUACUGUAAAAUGCUUGUUUUCAAACAUCGGGAGUAUCCUGAAGAUACACUACUUCAGCUAGAAAGCUUGGUACCCUGUCGAGAAUCUCAGGUGUCCACCUUGCUGUCAAUCUUUGGAGAGCGUCAUCAUUUUAGUUUCCCAUCCCUUUUCAUCUAUGGACAUACAUCCAGUGGAAAGACGUAUGUCAUGGAGACUCUUCUGAAAACUUUGGAGCUUCCUCAUGUGUUUGUGAACUGUAUUGAGUGUUUUACAUCAAGAUUGCUUCUAGAAGAAAUUUUGAGACAGUUACAACAUCUUUCCAACAAGGAGGAAGAUCCUCCUCUUGUAUCCUGUGACACAUUCAAUGAUUUCAUACGUUUAUUUAAGCAGGCAACUAUGAUUCCUGAUCUACAGAAUCAGACUGUUUAUGUUAUUUUGGAUAAUGCAGAGCAACUGAGAGAGAUGGAGGCAAACAUCCUUUCAGGUUUCCUUAGACUACAGGAACUGACCAACAGAAAUGUGACUGUGGUUCUUCUUAGUGAAAUUGUGUGGGAGCUUCUUCGUCCAAAUACAGGAUGCCUUGAACCAUUACCUUUGUAUUUUCCAGACUACAGCAUAGGACAUCUACAAAAGAUUCUGUCCCAUGACCAUCCUCCAGAAUAUUCUUCUGAUUUUUAUGCUGCAUAUAUAAAUAUUCUACUUGGAGUCUUUUAUCCUGUCUGCAGGGACCUGAAGGAACUCCAACAUCUGGCUGCACUGAAUUUUUCCAAAUAUUGUGAGCCUGUGGUCCAGGGAGAGGCAAAUGAACGUGAUACACGUCGCCUUUGGAAAAAUAUUGAAUCACACUUGAAGAAAGCUAUGCAGACUGUUUAUUUGAGGGAAAUAUCAAGCUCCCAGUGGGAACGAUUGCAGCAAGAUAAUGGAGAGCCUGGACAACUAAAAGGACUGUCAGCCCAUGCUCAUGUAGAGCUUCCAUACUACUCGAAGUUCCUUCUAAUAGCUGCAUAUCUUGCUUCUUAUAACCCUGCCAGGACAGAUAAGAGAUUCUUCGUUAAGCAUCAUGGAAAAAUUAGGAAGAUGAAUUUUCAGAAGAAACAUGAAAAGACCAGCAAUCAUCUUCUUGGACCAAAGCCAUUCCCCCUUGACAGAAUGUUAGCCAUACUAUACAGCAUUGUUGACAGCAGAGUUGCUCCAACAGCAAAUAUAUUUUCCCAGAUCACUUCUCUUGUGACGCUCCAGCUAUUAACCUUGGUAGGCCAUGAUGACCAGCUUAACGGACCGAGAUACAAAUGCAAUGUGUCUUUAGACUUCAUCAGAGCAAUUUCAAGGACUGUGAACUUUGACAUAAUAAAGUACUUAUAUGACUUUUUGUGAAGAUCAUAUGGACAUUGUUGACAACUAAGGCAAGAUGUUUCCGAUUUACCUACUUCAGCCAUCAGGAAAGAAGAGACUUUGGGCUCUACUGAAUUUGUCCAAAACAGGUGCCGACUCAGCAUGGGACCUGAUGAAGACACUCUAGUUGGUCUGGAUGGAUCUGAGCAGAGGACUCUUUACCCGAGACCCUGGAGUAUUUGGAAAAAAAUGUGUUAAUUAUAAACAGCAGGGACCAAGCACAAUCUGUUCUGCUAUUAAUGAUGUUAUCUUAACAAUGAAAUUGCCUGAAACCUAUUUUACUUAGGACUAUAUUUUGUGCUGUGUUGAAGUAUCCCCGGUGCUUUGAACAUGGCAGUAGCCUUGUUUGUAUGCCCAUUCUUUUCACUUCCUCACCAUGGGAGCCUUUUGCAUUUGUCUGCCAAAGCAGCUUGUUCCUAAGGCCACCAUUUAAAAGAGAAUGGAAGAGCAAAUGCAAUAAACAUAAAAACAAGCAGAGAGGAUGCUUUUCUUUAAUUCCUUGAUUCUGUCCAGAUAUUUGUAAACUGGUACCACAGCUGUUAAUAUCACUGAUUAAAGCCUGUUCUUAAAAUGUU